GUUUGGAUUUUGGGAUGGAAACUCGUGCGGCUGCGCGGAGCGCUCGCGUCUCCAACACUCUUACCUUCAAGAGUGGUUUGUCUCUUUGGUUGGUGAUAUGGUUGUUGGCAUGUCGCUGUGCACCCGGUCAGGCAUGUCCCAGGUUGUGUGUAUGCUACCAUAUGCCCAUGACUGUGAGCUGUCAGUCUCAGAACUUCACUGCUGUUCCUGCCGGCGUGCCCUACGACUCCCAGCGCGUUUUCUUGCAGAACAACCGUAUCACUGAGCUCAGAGCUGACUCCUUUGGCUUCGAAACACAGGUCCUAUGGCUGUACUCCAACAACAUCACAUGGAUCGAAGCAGGUGCAUUCAGUAAUCUGCGUGUACUAGAGGAACUAGAUUUGAGUGACAAUCCAUCACUGCGCAGGCUGGAUGGGGGUGCGUUCAGGGGGCUGGAGCGCUUGCAGAGUCUACACAUGCACCGCUGCCACUUGACCGAGCUGCCCGCUGACCUCUUCCACAAGCUCUACAGCUUGCAAUUCCUCUACCUGCAGGAGAACCAGCUGAGCCACCUUCCAGAUGGCCUCUUUUCCGACCUGGUCAACCUCACCCACCUGUUCCUGCAUGGCAAUCGUAUCCGUGUCCUGUCUGAAAAUGCCUUCCGCGGCCUGGUGAAUCUUGACCGCCUGUUGCUGCAUGACAACCGCAUCCGACAAGUCCAACGGCGAGCCUUCCGUGACCUGGGCAGAUUGACCAUCCUCUAUCUCUUCAACAACUCUCUGCAGGAGCUUCCAGGCCAGGUAUUGAAGGAUACAUCGUUGGUGCAGUUUCUCAGGCUCAAUGGUAACCCCUGGACCUGCGGCUGUGAAGCCAGGUCGCUAUGGGAGUGGUUCCGCAAAGCUCGGAUCUCCAGCUCAGACCUAACAUGCUCUUCACCAGCCCCUCGUAAAGGCCAGGACCUGAGGUUCCUGCGGGAGCUGGACUUCGCCCUCUGCCCGUUACCUGACCCAGGAUCCCUGGCUGGCACUACAACCACCACCUUCAGCACCAAGACCCGUUGGUGGUUCUCCAAGAACAAACCGGCCUCAUCAUCCAAGAGCCACUUUCACAAGAGCAGAGAGACCUUGAAGGCUUUUCCAUUCACCUCUGUCAAACAUCCCUCAUCUUCAUCAUCCAAGUACGAGCUCACAGUGGAGGAGGCUGCUUUACCCAAGCUAGAGCCUGAAGAGUACUGGGCAAACUAUGGCAAUGAGGAUGCAGCCUCAGUCCGCUGUUUCGAGCUUGACUGUCCACCAGGUUACGACUCACCCAUUCUCCCAUCUUCCUCUUCGUCUUCACUUCUGUACUUCCUCUCGCUCACAGCACUUACUCUCUCUUUUCACCUUCUCUUCAGCUGAGUUUUCCUUCUCCUCCUCUUCUUCUUCUGUUAUGCUCCACUACCUUUCUCCUGCAAUCGGGCUUAUGCUAAAAAAUGCAUAGAAGCAGCCAUGCAGGAAAGGGUGACAAGACUGGCACACAACAACAAAUUAAACACAACACACACUGUGCAAUUCAUACAGUACAGCAGAGACAGAGCUACUGCAUGCAUGCACUGCCUGCAGGCUUUGCAACACCACCUCAAGUCACAUCCUUCUCUAAAAUCAGAGAACACAGGACAAGUAGAGGGGCAAAGAGAAAAAAGGCAGUGAUGUAGAAAAUUAAACUAGAGGUAAAUGCCAAAGAUGGCAGGGAAAGUUUCAACAUGGAGAGGAAAACUCUCAUGCUGACAAAUGAGCUUACGUCAGUUAUCAAAUUACCGUCACAUCAUCAUGUAAAUAGGAACACACACAAACUAGACAUACUUUUCCAACAGGAGACUGUCAAUAGACUAGAGAGUAGAUCUAAUUGUUUUUUGGUGAAUGUUGGGUACUAAACCAUACACUAUCACAUACAGUGGCUC